UUCUGAACCGUACAUUUGUUUGGCAUGGAGGUCAUAUCUCUUGACGAGGAGCUUCUUUGCGCCGUCUGCCGUGACAUAUUUGUCGAGCCUGUGACUUUGCCGUGCGGUCAUAAUUAUUGUGAAGGCUGUGUGAAGCAGUUGAAAAGAUCUGCGGUGAAAGUCGAAAACAUCAAUGCCGAGYGUGGAUUCGAGAGACUGUGUAUAUGUUACACCUGUCCUCUUUGCCUUGCACCUUGCGAUUCAACGUUAAACUUGAAAAAUAACGUGGUACUUAACAACAUAAUUGAAAAGUACCACAGUAAACGUGCAAGCGGUGUCGACUGCACUGUCUGCAAAGGUGAUCAGAGGAUGUUCGCAGAAAAGAGUUGCGUCACCUGCGAAGAGUCAUAUUGCACCGUCCACAUCAUACCACACUUGGAGAACGCUGUACUGCGCCAACACGUUCUGGUGAGCCCGAUGGGCGACACUAGCAGASUCUGCAAAGAGCACGGGAAGGAACAGGAACUUUACUGCGAGACAGACCAGACCCCCCUGUGUGCCUACUGCAUGCUACCUGCGGAGGCCAAGCACAGGGAUGGGCACAACGUCGUGAAACUGGCAGAUGCGCUGGAUACUUUAAGGGGGAACUGUCAAGUCAAACUUCAGGGUAUUAAAGAGAGGCUGACUGAAGUAAAGAAUGGCCUGGCAAAAAUUGAUGAAGCUGCUUCGUGUUCCAAGGCCAGUCUGGAGAGGCAGCAAAUUGAGUGCACAGCCUUCCUGCGCAGAAUCAAGCUGUUCCUUGAGUUUGAGGAGCAGGCGUGGCAGAAGAGGUUCUCUGUGGACAUGGUGCAGGAGAGCAGGACCGGGAAGCAGCGGACAGAGGGGCUGAGGAGGCUGCAGGACAGGCUGACACAGGCACAGGACACCCUGCUGAAGACUCAGACCAUCAGUGACCCCCUGGUGCUGCACCAGCUCUUGAAGAAUGAGGAGUGGGCAGACCUGCUUCAAAGGGAUGUUUGUUCCCGUCAGAUGGAGAAGCUCAGUAAUUGGAGUGGAACCAAGCUUGUGGCUUCAUCUAGAAUCACCCCCUUAUUCCAGACUCUCCAGAAAACAUUUCAAGGAGAUGUCAUUUUAUUUGCUGAAUUAAGUGCCCACCCCAAACUGAAGUUGGACCCUGACUCUGGCUCUGUGUGGGUGACUGAGGAGGACCAGCGACAUGAGGAACCAUGUUACCUGGAUCGGCCUUACUGUGUGAUGGGAGUCAUUAUCUCCUCCAAGGGUGUGCACAAUUGGGAGGUGGAAGUAGAGGGGCUCUCCUCUUGGGCCCUCGGUAUAGCCUUCCUUGGCCCAUACCAGAUAGCGGUGACCUGCAAGCUCGGCACUGAUGACCAGUCGUGGAGUCUGAGUUACAGCAAGAGCAAGCAGCAGUUCUCUGCCCAGCAUGACUGGCUGGCAUUUGCGUUCCAUGCACCGGACUCCAACCCACCCAUACGGAUCGGGGUCUUUCUGGAUGUGGACAGUGGAAUCCUGAGCUUCUACGAUGCAGUGAGGAUGACGUGUCUCUACACUUUCUACUGUAACCUGGAUCAGGACUCAGCCAGCCAAACUUACCUCAGACCAGCCUUCUGCCCAAGGCUGAAGGAGGAUGACCAGCCACUGUCGACUAAGCCAAUGAGGGUGCUGCGCCCAGUCUCAAACCUUUAGGCACUACAACCAAUGACAUCCUUCACACUAAUAGUUGCACUAGCAGCUAGCUAACAUACUUUUCUUUUUGUUCCAAAUGCUUAGUUUGAACCACUCACCAUUGAUUGUGUUUGAAAUMAAGAAAAUAUGGAGAACCUGUUUCUAUGUUUUUGUAAAGCCGCUCAAACUGUUACCCAGCUUAAAAUGAUGCUACAGUUUGGCAAAAUCACUAAAUGUAGUAAGUUGUCUGAGCCUUUGAAUGUCUUGUAAGCGAACUAAUUUAGAUAAAUAUAUGCAGUGUGCAUAACAUCUGAGCAUCAGCAAUGUAUUGUGCCUUUUUCUACAUGUUUCCUACCAGAAUAGACUACCAAAUCUACAAAUGCUUAUUGACAAGUGUUUAGUUUCUAUUUCUUGUGGUCCUCUGUUGGAUUGUUUCUCUAACACUGCAUUAAAAUAACUUGGUCCUAUUAUCAUUGUAUUGUUYUGAUGGCAGCAUUUUAUAAUUGUUUAAUAAAAUAAAUAUAAACGUUA